AAGUAGGCGUACCUCAAAUUGUACGGCUCAUUUUUGAAUUGUAAAUUCAAUAAAGUAAAAUUGUUUCUACUUUAUUAUACUUUGCUUUUUAUUCAAAAUUUGUUGUCAGAUCGACUUAUUUAUAUUUAUAGACAUUGUCUUCUUAAAAUGAAUAUACAACAUGAACUUAAGCGUUGUAAGGCCUGCACCGAUUUAACUGAGCGUCGCUUAGCUGAUCGUCUGACUGCAUUGCGUAUUCAAACUGAACAGAAGUUAAUUGAAUUGGGAGUUCAGGAUACGCUACGUCACAUCGAUGGUAAAUCAUCCAAUACUAGCUAUACGGAAUCGGUAAAACGAUUACGACAGGCAUUGUCAAACUAUGUAAGGCUGGAAGAUGAUACUCAAACUCUACGCGAAGCAGCGCCUGAUAUUUCCCAAAGGAAAAAUAUCAAUUCCAAUGGAAAUCCUUACAUCCGGACUCAAUUGUUCCUAGAUUAGCGUUGAGGUAUCCAAAAAAAAAAAAAAAACAACUCUCAAUGGGAUUGUAAAUCUUACAUAAUGAAGGAAGAAAUCCAUUUUUAAACAGGUUCAUCAUUAUGUCUGAAUAACAUUUUAAAGAAUUAUAUAAUAAAAUAUAAUUAUCUUUA